AAGCGGUGGGACCAGGAAGAAAAGAAAAGCACGUUAGCCAUGUCAUUGGAAGCUCAUUAUGGCUGAAUUUCUGUAAUUUAGCGUCAAAUGUGUUUCUUUGUGUUUUGCUGCACUUCAAAGAAACAUGGCGUGUUUCUUCAGGAGGAAAAUUGCAGCGAAGCUGGGUAGGACAUUGCAGGCGCCGGAGGAUGUCUUCAUACCAGUCCUGUCAGCAGUUCCAGUUUUUAAGAAACAAAAGUCUGCUGACUUCAGACUAUCAAUCAACACAUUACGAGACAAAGGCAUUUUACCAUCCAGUGGAAACGUUCAGUUGCAGACAGAAAACUUAGCUUCCCAGUUAAAGCAGGACAACGUGGUGGAUGAAAUAUCUGUUGAGCGUGGAAUGAUCAACUUUACAAUUCAUCGCAAGCUUCUUGUCGAGAAAAUGUUGGAGCCGUUUGAAAAACAGGAGGAUGUGAAAUUUGGAUUAAAUAGUGAACUUUUGAAUCAACUCAAAAAAGGAACAACCUUAGUGGAAUACAGUUCUCCAAAUAUUGCCAAAAAAUUCCACGCUGGACACUUGCGGUCGACAAUUAUUGGUAACUUCAUUUCCAACCUAAAGCAAUUCCUUGGAAACAAUGUGAUCCGUAUGAACUACCUUGGAGACUGGGGUAUGCAGUUUGGUUUGCUAGGAGCUGGUUUUGGCCAGUUUGGAUGUCAGGAAAAAUUAAAACAGAAUCCAUUACAGCAUUUGUUUGAGGUUUACGUCCAAGUGAACAAGGAGGUGGAGCACAACGAGGAUAUGAAGCAGGCUGCCAGAGAUUUCUUUAGACAGCUGGAGCAGCACGAAAGCCAGGCCUUGUCGUUAUGGCAACAGUUCAGAGACAUCACAGUGCAGGAGUAUCAACACAUUUAUAAGCGGUUAGGCAUCCACUUUGAUGUUUACUCCGGGGAGUCCGAGCACCAAGGUCAAGCUCUAGAAGUGGUGCAGCAGCUGCAGAGCCAAAGCCUGCUGAAAACCUCAGAGAAAGGAACUGGAGUAGUGGAUCUUUCCUCUCAGGGCGACAUGAGCAGCGUCUGUACGUUGCUCCGCAGCGACGGCACAUCGCUCUACAUCACCAGAGAUCUCGCCGCAGCUGCUGCCCGAAAACAGCAGUACCAGUUUGAUGAGAUGAUUUAUGUGACAGAUAAAAGUCAAGCCAACCACUUCCAGCAGUUGUUCCAGAUCCUGCUGGCUAUGGGACAUUCUUGGGCCCAAAGCUGUCAGCAUGUGCCCUUUGGCCUGGUGCAGGGCAUGAAGACACGGACUGGCGAGGUGGUUUUCCUGGAGGACGUGCUGGAUGAAGCACGGGCCAGGAUGUUGAACAACAUGAGCCAGACAAAAACCACAAAGGAAAUGGACGAUCCAGAACACACAGCCGAGAAAGUGGGAAUUAGUGCACUAAUAAUUCAGGAUUUCAAAGGUCCACUGCAGUCAGACUAUAAGUUUGACUGGGACAGGAUGCUGCAGGCUCAGGGAGACACGGGCGUCUUUCUUCAGUACACACACGCUCGCCUCCGCAGUUUAAUACGGAUGAAUUGUCAAAUAGAUGCAGCUCCGUUUGAUGCGUCUCUUCUACCUGAGCAGACGAGUAUCGUGAUCCUCCAGCAUCUCCUUCGCUAUGAUGAGGUGCUGUACCAGUCAGCCCUGGAUCUGCAACCCAAACACUUGGUCAACUUCUUAUUAAAGCUGUGUCACCUGAGCGCCAAGGCACACAGAGAGCUGCCAGUCAAAGGAAGCCCUCAUGAUGUCGCACAGGCGAGGUUAAGAUUGUUUGGCGCUUCCUGCUCAGUCCUGGCCAGCGGGAUGAUGAUCCUUGGCAUAACCCCGGUGGAGAAAAUGUGAAGCUCUGUGAAAGUUUGUAACGCAAUUAUCAUGUCAAUUCACUGGUACAGGUAACCAAAUAACUGUAAAUAACAGCCUGACAUUUUUAAAUAAAAAAUAAAAUAAUGAAAUUGAACCGAGUAUGUGCAGCAUGUAGCUUUUCAACAUUUUAAAAAGGCCUUGUAGGAAAGAACCAGUUAACUAUAAAAUAGAGAAUGCAGUAACUGUUGAAACAAUACAAAAUUAAGUUAAGUCCUUAAGUCCAAUAUCCCAGUUUAAAACUGGUUAAGUGUCCAAGACAAAGCUAAAAACAUGGUCUUGACUGUUGUGAUUAUUGGACAACAUUCAUUUUAGCCAAUCCACUUUGAUUCGAAACAAAAUCCAUAUUAUCUGUAAUGCUAAACAGUGUAAAAGUGUGUACUUCUAGUCUAAACCAUUAAACCAGCAUGACAAGAAUGAAAAAACACUGUAUAUUGAUUGAGCAUCCCCUUUUCACAGCAACAAGAAAUGUCCACUUAAGUUAUGGACCUCGUUGUGCUGCAGGUUGAGAGAACCUACAUUCACGUUGCCCUAAUGUAUGUGGCUUUGGAAAAGAGACACCGGUCUUCAUUUACUAGACGUGGCUUUGCUCCCGUGCGGAGAAAUCCACCGCCUUCUGUCUCUUAAAAAAAUAUCAAUGUGUUGGACAGAAAUUCACAAAUCUUUUAUUUCAACAUGAACUCAUUUCAAUUUAAUUAAAAAAAAUUCAAAGUAAUCUCCAGAGCAGAAGUCAACACAGGUCUGAUACAAAAGACACUUCGAUAACAUAACAUAUGCAGUCUUCAUCGUU